AUGAAAAUCAUUGCAUUUCUUUUCAUAAACGUGCUAGGAUUUGAAUUACAAGCUGCUUUUUAUUCUAAUGAAAUAUCAAAAUACUUCAAUUUGUUUGAUUUAGACUUAGAUGAAGGCAUAGAAGGUUUACAAAUGACAAAAGUUAUUGAUUAUAUGAUUGAAGGAGAAAUAAUUAAAAAAUGGGAAUCUUACCACCUUUCAAGAUAUAUUAGUACAGGAGAUUAUAAUGAAAAAAAAAUCUUAAAAAAAAAAGCUCAUAACAUUGCAAGUGUUAUUUUUGAUAAAUUUGUCACUGAAUUUAUAUUUCUAGCAAAUGGCAAAUUAAUAGAAACAGAAGAUUUGCCAAUUUUAAGAAUGUUAUUUAGAAUGAUUAAUUGUAGAAAAAAUAACUGGAAAUGUAUUGAUAAACUUAAUUCAGCUAUUAAAAUUCAUGAAGAAUACGGGAACUGGUCUUAUAUUAAUCCUUAUGACAGUAUUUCUAAUAAAAAAAAGAAUUUAAUAAAAUUUCGUGAUGCAUGUAAUGAAUUAAAACAUUAUGAGGAUCAACCUAUACUGGCUCUUACUAAACUGGCAAUAUGUUUUUAUAUUAAAGAUGAUCCAAAAAUUAGUGAUGAGGAUUUAAAUAGUUUUUUAAAUCAAAAUGAUGAUCUUAUUUUCGAAUGUAGUGAAAAGAUCAAAAAUAGCUUUCUAAACGUUUAUCAUUUUAGUGGAGAUACAGCUCUUUUUGAAGGAAAGUAUGUUGGGUUUAUUCACUAUCUACAUUAA